CACCCUUAUUUGGCUCCACACACUUUUGAGGCACUAAAUAAGUCUCAGGGAAAUACUGUCCUGCAUGGGCCAAGUGAGUUUCCUGAUGAGAUGCGCAUUGAGGCUACAGCCUGGGCCAUUCCUCCGUGGUGCGUAAAGCUCUCUGGGUGUUUGCUGCGGGCUGGGUGUCCCUUCACAUGUCGGAUUUAGCUGUGCAGCAUUACUUGGUGGAUCAGCGGAUUGUCUGAAAAGCUGGUGCAGCAACUUUUCCCUGCAUAUUCCCCCCCCCACCAGAAUAUGUCGUUGACCAACACAAAGACGGGCUUUUCUGUAAAGGACAUUUUGGACCUUCCUGACACAAAUGACGAAGAAGGAUCUAUCACCGGAGCGGAGGAAGACACGGAGGGAUCGGAGACCACGUCCACGACAAAAAACACUGGAGUUUUGGUGCAAAGUCCUCUAGAAAACGUUCAAAAUCUGCCUUUAAAGAACCCCUUUUAUGACAGCAGUGACAAUCCUUACACACGAUGGCUUGCUACUACGGACAGUAUUCAAUAUUCAUUGUUUCUCCCGUUUCUUGCCGCAGUGCACGGCCUAUCCGCCAGCUCUCAGGACUCGGCCAAGUCCCCGGAGCCGUCCGCGGACGACGAAUCGCCGGACAACGACAAGGAAACUUCCAGCAGCGGCGGCAGCGACUCCGGCAAGAAGCGGAAAAGGAGGGUGUUGUUUUCUAAGGCGCAGACCUACGAGCUGGAGCGCCGCUUCAGGCAGCAGAGGUACCUGUCCGCCCCGGAGAGGGAGCACCUGGCCAGCUUGAUCCGCCUCACCCCGACCCAGGUGAAGAUCUGGUUCCAGAACCACCGGUAUAAGAUGAAGAGAGCCCGGGCCGAGAAAGGUGGCGGGGUGGCGUUAUUAGGGUGCAUGGUGCUGUGUGAACCAGAGCGAAUCCACACAGCAAAUCCACAAGUUUUACUUAGUGGGACAGAGCGUCUACAGGGUAUUGUUCAGAUCAGCCUCCCAUCUGCAUGAGAAGACCCUGGCAAGCUGAGAGCUGUCUAACAUGCGCCAGUAUCUGCGGGUUUAAACAAGGAAGAAACAGAAGAGCUGCAGCUUGAUGACAGUUUUCUGUGGAGCUUAAGGAAAGAGAGAAAGAUCCCUGCAGCAUCUUUGAGCAUCUCCAACUUCUGUCAUGUUGUGUUCAUCUAUAAUGUGAAUAAAAUGGGAUUCUUUUUCUUACCUUUGAAUUGUAUCCAAUUCGAAAGCAAAGAAUAGUCAUUUGUAUUAUGUAUGAUUAACACAGAAAAAUUAUAAUACAGUAUGUGCCUGCAACAAGUCUAUUUAUUUCACGACAAAUAAGGAGUUCAUUUCAUAAUCAGCAUUGCAUUGUAUUUUUUCAAAUGCAUUCACAAUUUGAAGAUGGCAUAUUUCAUAUCUUUAAUUUAUGGAAUAAUUGCUCACUAAUUAACCUCUAAAUCUGUUUACAAUUUAUUCCCUUGUCUGUCAGUAUCCUAUACAAAAAAUCCUUGAUGUUCAUCUGGCAGUUUAGUUUGAAUUUGUUAGUUUGCUAAAUAAGAAGACAAAAUUUAGUGUGUGAAAUUGAAAAGGGGAAGAAUUUACUUAACAGUCUGGUAAAACUAUGGCCAUAAAAUGAUUGUGUCAUGCAGUAUUAAAUACCCCCAUAUUUUACAUCUGUAUGACAUGUAUCAUUUGAAUCAUUUACAUGUAUCCAGCAAAUAAACAUUCUGACAAUAUUGUCUAAUUGGUUUUACAAUUUGCUCUCCUGCUCCUUACUCUGAGGUGUAACACUUGCUUUUAGCUGCUUUUCAUUAUCAGCUGUGUACAAUGUAGUUCUUUCACAUGCACAUGGAGAGAAAAUGCUGAACCCAUUUGCUUAAGUGUCCUUGUCUCCAUGUAAGGUCAUUUUCACAAGCUUCAUUUGUCAGGAGUGUAAGUAGACGUAGCAGAGUUUUAGCUCCUUUCUUGUUCCGAAUCAGACUGAAACGGAGGAAAGGCUAAGGCAGGGCUGAGUAAUGCACUUUUUCUGAAUAUUAAAGUGCUAAUAGUAAUAUUCAGCAGAGUCUGUGAACAAGAUCUUUUAAGUGCUUCACAUUGAAAUAAACAGAUCUGUGUUUAGCUUCCAUUCUCGCUUCCUUGAACAAGACAAAACAUGCAGCAGUGUUUUGUUGUGGGAGACGCUGAUAGUGCAGUUCUUAAAUUGUGGUAGUGGUAGGUCUGAGUUUAAAAGUACUACAAAUGAGCAGCAGCCAGUUUAGAGUCAUCUUUGUGAAAAAGGAGUGAGCGUCAAGGUUCUUGACUUUGCUGAAUGUUGAGAUUAGGAAAACAGCAGAGUCUGCAGUGCACGCACGGAUACUAGUCACGAGCUGAUCCGGUAGAGUGCUCAGACAGAGAGAGUUUUUUUUCUUCCCAGGUACCUUACGCCAUCCGUCUACCAGUAUUCCAUGACUACGGCCAUGUAAAAAUGUCAUCAGCAUGGGGAAUGAAAUAAAGGACUACAGAAACGCAUAAUGGCUUUUUUAUUUUGGUCACUUUUUUUCUACAGAGUGGGCUUAUAAUGUAUAGAAUGGUCAUUAUUACCAUUUGAAAGUUUAUGAUACACUGUAUGUAGGCUAUCAAUAGGAAGCCAGUUUCAUAGCUUCAUUACACAUUUAAGUAGCAUAAGAUCUCACCAGGUGUAAGAAACCCGGACAGUGGAUUUUUUACUCUAAGUUUGAGCAAAACAUACAGUCCAGUAGAUUCAGAAUACAUCAAUAAGUCAUAUUCUAACAGUGGAUACCCCAUCUACAUCUCUGAGAGUACGACAGUCAGUGUAAAAAAAAAAGGGUUAUUGAGAGCUAUUAAUAACUAAAUGUGUCUCAGGCAGAACUGUUUAAUUCAGCUUCCUCCUGCUCUCACUGGUGUGCAAACUCUGGUACAUUACUGGGGAAAAAAAAAAAAUAA